CAGCUCACAAACAUUAAACACGACUCUGUGUUCACCUCGGCCAACUCGAUAUUAUGAUAGUCAAUUUUACCAAAAGAUGACUUAGAACCGACUUAAGUGCGUUAAAACGCGUAGUUUUGGACAAAUCCCGCUUGACCUGUGUGAACCCUAGUGUUUUUUCGUGCCCAUAUCGUUUCCGACGAGUGAUUUGUGAUUGUUUUGCAACCACGUUCCAGGAAUUCCAAGAGACUUCGACGUUGGAGCAAGAAGGAAACCCAAAGUUACGUUGUGGCAGUGUUUACGUAUAGGGAACAAGCAUAUUGGAUAAUUUUUCUAGGAGAAAGACUCCAUGUCCAAUGACCUAGAAAGAUAGCAAAUUUCAAUAUGGAGUGGAUAACAGGUGACCUGAUAUGGUUUGACCCAGGGGUCGGUUAUUGGCUCCCUGGCGAAGUUCUCGAGUGCCAUAGAACUGCCAAUGUCCUCACAGUACAAGCCACUGUGAAUGGAAAAUCCCAGACUUUUGCCCUUGCUGAAGGAGAGGGCUCAGUACUCAGACGUCAAGAUCUCGGCGAAAAUGGGGUUGAAGACAUGACUCAGCUUUCUGAUCUUCACGAGGCUGCUCUGCUAUGGAACUUAAAGCUGAGAUAUGAAGGCAAGCAGAUUUACACUUACGUAGGUAGUAUACUUGCAGCUGUGAACCCAUACAGAAUGUUCGAUUCGAGCUAUGGAAUCGAGAUGGCCCAGAAAUACAGAGGUAAAAUCAUAGGAUCAUUACCUCCUCAUCUCUUUGCCUUGGCAUCAGCAGCAUACUCAGGACUACCAGCACCUCAGGUUGUAGUUAUAAGUGGUGAAAGUGGAUCAGGCAAAACAGAAUCAACCAAACUCGUGAUGCAAUACUUGGCAGCUGUCGCACCGUCAGCACCGAGGGGACAAGCGUUGGUCACGGAACAGAUCCUUGAGGCAGCCCCUCUUCUGGAAGCAUUCGGAAACGCAAGAACGACCAGAAAUGACAACAGUUCUCGAUUCGGAAAAUACCUAGAGGUUUAUUUCAAGAACGGUUCUAUAAUGGGUGCUAAAAUCACUCAAUAUCUCUUGGAGAAAUCAAGAAUAGUGACACAAGCGCCACACGAGAGAAACUAUCACGUGUUCUAUGAACUUAUAGGUGGUCUCAACAAUGCUGAAAGGCAGAAAUAUGGCUUGGUUGAUGCCGACAAAUAUUUUUACUUGAACCAAGGUGGAGCAGACUGUUCACCUGGACAUUCAGGUUCUAGUGCUGAUUGGUCAGGAUUGACGAGAGCUAUGCAAGUACUAGGAGUGGGAGAACAAGAACAAGAAGGAAUUGUUAAGGUUCUGGCAUCUGUCCUCCAUCUCGGUAACAUUUAUUUCCAUAGAAAGAAGUUGAAGCACGGUCAGGAAGGCGUUGAAAUUGGAAGUGACGUUGAAAUUAAAUGGACUGCCUACCUCCUUCAAAUAUCCGCUUCUGGUUUAGAAAGAGCCUUGACUUCUAGGAUAACAGAGGCGAAAUCUGAAAGAGUGUACUCACCUCUCAAUAUUGAUCAGGCUUUAGAUGCUAGAGACGCCUUUGCCAAAGCCUUGUACUCAGCAUUAUUCGACUGGCUUGUCACAAGAGUGAAUUCUAUAAUCCAACGUGGAGGCCUUCAUGACGCUGGCAGGGUUUCUUUAUUGGACAUUUUUGGUUUCGAGAAUUUGGAGGAGAACUCAUUCGAACAGCUCUGCAUCAAUUUUGCAUCAGAAUCACUGCAGCUCCACUUCAACAAACACGUUUUUAAGUUAGAACAACAAGAAUACGCGAAAGAAAGAUUGGAAUGGACAGAUUUAACAUGGGCUGACAACACACCGGUGAUACAUCUGCUCAGGAAGAAGCCCCUAGGAAUUCUUCAUCUGUUGGACGAUGACAGCAAUUUCCCUAGGGCAACUGAUAACUCUUUCUUAGACAAAUGCGACUAUAACCAUGCUUUGAAUGAAUAUUAUUGUCGACCGAGAGUUGGAAAUAGAGAAUUUGGGAUCUGUCAUUUUGCCGGACAAGUCUGGUACCAAGUGGAAGGGUUCCUAGACAAGAACAGAGAUAUUUUACGUCCAGAAAUAGUAGAUCUUCUUGUGUCAUCCAAAGAACCACUGGUGAAUGCUUUCGCAAAACCUUUGUUGAAUCAGGGAAAAACUAGGACACUUCCCAGAGGAACCAAUGGUAGAUUUGUCACAAUGAAACCAAGAACGCCGACAGUAGCAGCUAGAUUCUCAGAUUCUCUUCAUAACCUUUUGGAGUCGAUGUCCAAAUGCAACCCUUGGUUCGUCAGAUGCAUCAAGCCAAACAAUGAUAAAGCACCUAUGAAAUUUGACAUGCCUGUUGUGUUGGAACAGUUGAGGUUCCUGGGUAUGCUUGAUACCAUAAAAAUCAGGCAAGCUGGAUACCCCAUCAGGCUUAAAUUCCACGAGUUUGUAGAUAGAUACAGAUAUCUACUUUCUGGUAGAAUGCGUAGGGGAACCCCAUAUCGUGAACUCUGUCAUCAAAUUUUGGAGAGGAUGCCCUCAACAGAAACAGAUGGUCCAGACUAUCAGUUGGGAGCAACCAGGGUAUUUUUGAGAGAAAAACUCCAACAACAGCUUGAACUGAAGCGUACCGAUUGUGUAAAAGAUUCAGCCGUUGUUCUUCAAAAAUACAUUCGAGGUUUCAUAGCUAGAAGAAAAUACAGACGACUCCGUAGAAGUGCCAUAACUAUCCAAAAACAUUGGAAAGGUUACCAACAACGAAACAGAUACUAUAAAAUGAAAGCUGGUAUCGUAAAAGCUCAAGCUUUAGUCAGAGGUCGAUUAGAAAGAAGAAGGUACAAACAACGUAAAGCCGAAUUUAAACGAAGAGUAGAAGCUGAGAAGAUAGCGCAGGAGAGAGCGAGGCAACGAGCUCAAAGAGAGGCGCAGCUCAGGGAUCAAGCUCAAAAGAAUCAGGCCAAAACUAAUAUACAGAAUCUUGAGAUUCCAGCGGAGCUUGCCUUUAUAUUUUCCAAAUUGGAAUCGCACAAUCCUUCUCAUUCUGAGAAGAACUUGAUGAAAGUGCUAGGAGGCAUCAGUGGACAACCAGCGACUGUGGCCCUCCCAGCUGAUUUACAUCAAUUUGAAUUUUCGAAAUUCUCGUCAGUUUAUUUCAAAGAAUCUGGAUUAGGAGUAAAGAAAGAACCUAUAAAUACCCCCUUCCUCUCCAAAGCAGCAGCAAGAGAUGAAGAUUUCAGAGACUCAAUAGCAAUGUUCAAACUGAUUUUACGUUGGACUGGAGAUACAACGAUGUCUUUACCUAGAGAAAAAGCGCUAGCUGACUAUUUCGUUUAUAAAGGUUUAAGUUCUAGGGGACUCAGAGAUGAGUUGUUGGUACAGCUGUGCAACCAGACUUGGAAAAAUGAAAAUAACGAGAAAAUUUGGACUCUGAUGGCUCAUUGUCUGAGUUGUUUCCAACCAAGUCCACCACUAAGCAAGUAUUUGCUGAAGUUUAUCUCAGACCAUGCAUCAGCAAACUACAAAGAAAUUCUUGAAAGGAAGCUCUUGAGAGGUUUACAAAAAGCUCCUCAUGCUCGAGCUUUGCCUCCUACUCUCCUUGAAUGGAGGACAACUAAGCAAAGGAAUAACAUGGCUCUCACCUUGAGUUUACCUGAUGGAAAUCUGUCAACAGUUCAUAUAGACUCUUGGAUAACCUGCGAAGAAGCUGCAAAUUUAGCUAUAUCGGACCUAGGAAUUCUUCCUUCGGGUUGGAGUGUAGUUUUGGACGACUCAGGUGUUAUAUCGGAUGGAUGUGGAUUAGAUUAUGUAUUGGAUCUAGUUUCUGAACUGGAACUUCCUCCAGGUUUUCCAGUUUCAAAAUCUGACCUACUUAAGACUGGAAACAGGAAACAAACUUCAGAAGUUGACCACCAUAUUUCACAACCUAUUCCAAAUUCGCCAACACGUCCUCAAGUACCUCCACCAGAACCACCUAUUCAAGCCAUGAGGAAGAUAUCUAGAGAAAUAGUUCAACAGAAGAAAUCACCACCGACCCAAAGACAACCAGUGAAUACUUCAAGAAAACCAUCUAGGGAAAGCUCAACAGACUACUCCGUGCAAAGAAAUUCCCCUAUAGCAAAUAGUCCUUCCCGGAAAGUAUCUCAUGAUGCACUUUCCAGGAGUUCAGCUCUGAAUGAAAGAUAUUUCGACAUCGAAAAAGUUCGUUCUAGAUCCCUAGAUAACCUCCUUAACGAGCCUGAACCCACACCACUUGCAGACCUAGGCUUGAGUCAGUCUAAACUCAAUGAGAGGUAUCACUCAGUAGAGCAACUAGCUCCAAUGGCUCCAGGUAUAUCGAAGGCCAACUCUAACUACAUGUCCUCCCAAGAAAUAGAAUUCGAAUUCCCAGAUGCUUCAAGUGUGAGCACUUCGCACAGAGGAGGACCUAGGUAUGUCAAGUCCCAAUACAGUGGUAAAAGGGCACCACCUGGGUCUCACUCAAGCAGUAGGGCCCACAUAGAGAAAUCAGAGGGAGUCAGAAGUUCAGCCAUGUCCGAUACUAGUGAAGCUCCCAGUUUGGCAAGUCAUGUAAGAAGAGUUAGAGUACCUAGUCAAGCAUCAGAUGUAGACCAGUUCUUAGAUGACCUGUUUAGUCCAGUACUAGACGAGUUGAGUGAUGCCAGGUCUUUAGCAGCAAGUAUCAAAGGUGGUCGUAAAAAGCAGAAUGAAAGCGUAGAUGAUUUCGUGUAUGGUUUAUUGUCUUCAUCUGAGGAUCAUGAGCAUCUCAACAUUAAAGGCUUAGUGAAAAGAAUCAAAGGAGGAGGUACCACACACCAACAGAACGGUUCAAAUUCUCCUGCGUACAAUUUUUCUUCUAUACCCCCACCAAUAGUCGGUAUUCCACCUUUAAUGAUGCCCAUGUUACCAAAUCAGGACAAUUUUAUGCCAGCAUUCAUGCCCGUGAAUCCAAAUGGCAACAUGCCUCUGUUGUCCCCCACUCAAGAAGGGUUCAUGCCAAUGUUUAAUCUACCAUUGUCGCCAAAUGGUAAUGAAAUCACGCAGAAUCAACAGAGUUUGCAAAGAGCUUUCCUUCAGAGUACGAUGGCGCAGAAUCUACAGAUACAGCAGCAAAUUCUUGCACAAAAUCAAGCGUUGCAUCAGCUUUUACUUCAGCAUGCUACUACUAGUGAUGCCACAACGGAGAGUCCUAAAGCAUCAACAACGACAACAACUAAAGCUCAGAUUCAUCAACCUGGUCAGAAUCGUAAAGCUAGCUUCACCAGGAAGAGCAGUUCUCCUAGUACACCUUCUUAUGAAUAUAAAUCCAGGAAAGGAAGUUCGGAAAAUAGUAUGAUAAUGUCGAAGAAUGGAGUACCUCCACCACCUCCUAUGCCUCCACCUUUAGACGAGGUUGAUCCCAAUGAGACUAGACCAUUCCUCGAUCCCUACGGAAGAGCAAAGACAGUAAGAAUAGGUAAAUGGAGAUGGCCUCCACCGAAUGACGGAAACAACCCACAGAAUGGUGAAGACUUCAUGCAUUUCAAAAUGCGCCAAAACCAACGAAAGGUCACACCGAACAAAGACCAACCGUUGUCCUUGUCCAACGGACUCAAUGGAAGCAGAAACGAACACUCUACACCCGAGUGGGAAGAAAUUGAAUUCGAACAGCAAAUCAGAGAAAAAGAAUCCGAGAAGAUAUCGAAGAAAGCCAAGAGAUCUUUCGAUAUCGGAGCUUCAAGACCGUCUCCUGGUAGCGUAGGUAAACUUAAGCUGAGUUCUGAGAUGAGACAGAGAUUGGAACAAGUAACAGCCAAUCAUUCAGUGAGAUCUAGUAGCAGUAACGUAGAGAAACCAAAGAGAACUGUGAGUAAGUUGGAGGACACAAGAAAGAUGAUGUUGGAGCAACAACUGGCUGGUAGAUGGGGCGACGAUACAGACCAAAAUAGUGGGAAGUCGAGUCCGAGCACACCACCACACCACCCAACGAAUGGCUCAAACUCGCCAUCCAACACGAGCUGGUCCAAUGGAAACUGGAAACCUGGACCACCUCCACCACCAAUGGGUCCAAAUUCGAUACCACCUGCACCUUCUGGUCCUGCUCCCCCUCCACCAGCCAUGCGACCAAUGCAAUCUUUGAAUUCCGUGGACUCUGCAAGGGAUUCCUUCAUGGCUCAGCGUCAGGACCGCGAUACUUUCGGAGUGCACCAAAACAGGGUUCUGAUGGAGAGCUCGAAGAGGAAUUCCUUCAGUGCCAACUGGGAUUCGCAAAGUAGCAUCACCCAAGAGACUCAAGACGAUAGUGAGUUGAAAUUUGAUUUUUUUGGUGGAUAUCGAUUUGAUUUGAUAAUUUUUGCAGUGCAAUGGGGUAAGGAUUCUGUAGACAUCGAAAAGUCUGAAUCUAGGGACAGUUGGGAUCAAAAUGAUUAUCCUGUUAACAAAAUGGAUUCUAUGCCGAGGAGAAAUGUCCAAAAAGAAAGAGUAGAAAGAAACGAAAGGAGAGACAUUGAAAGAAGAGAUACUGAACGAAGAGAGAAGAAAGCUUUCAAAGAACCUACAGAAAGACCUACGUUCAAGACGCAUAUGUUCAAUAAGAGUGCUCAAGAACGAGAAAAGAAAUUGUCUAUUGCUUCUACCCAGAUGACGGACAAAACAGAAAAUCAAGAGUGGCCAGAAUUCAUGCGUCCUAUCCCUAGUCCACCACCAAAAUCACCUCAACCGCUCAAGAAAACCCUGGAAGGUCCUAUGACGACAUCAUCACCAAAAACCACACCAAGACUUCUUCCUUUAGGAUCAUCUGCCAGUAUCACGUAUAAUAGAGUAGCAUGGCUUCUGAAAGUCCGCAAGGAGUUCUUCACACCAAGCGAGAAUUUCGGUUCACCAGCAGCCCUACAUUUGAUCUUUAGCCAGAUAGCUUCAGAUGUGUAUGGCCUCAGUUCCUGCUUGAGGUUGACACAAAGCGAGAAGAGGGCUGGUGUGAACAUGCUGAGUGGAUAUGGUGUUACUGCUGAUAAUUUCCAUGUAUCUAAUAGGGCUAACAUUAAGAGGAAUGUUGUGGAAUUGGCUAGAACUUGGCCGCUUUACUUUGCCAGGCUUUUCCCAGUAUCUGGAGCUGCUCAGUUGGCUGAUGUCCAGAUAUUGGCAGUGUCUCACUGGGGAGUCCAUUUCGUGAAAAGAGACCAUCAACACCUUCAAAUAGUUAGGAGUUUUCCAUUGGGUGAAAUCAACUACUGCACUGCACCAAGACCUACCACUGUUAGCUUAGAGGGACCUCAAGGAAGGUUUACGUUGCAUACACCUAGGGCUCAGCAGUUGUCGGAGAUGGUUACAAAGUUCUGUGGAGAAUUUAGAAAGAUGCAGUCCAAAUCACCCCCACCAAGAAGAGAGUCUUCUGUUGAGAGAAUAGAAGUAAUAACAGAUACGAAAUCAACCUUAAGAAGCGAAUCAAAGUCACCAACAAGGGAAGAUCCACCUUCUCCAAGAAGUCCUGUACCACCAUCUGGAAAAUAUUCCUUCCUCCAGUUUGCUAUCCAGAACUUUAGGCAAUCGGCAGAAUUGGAAAGACUCAAAAAUGACUCUGCAAAAUCCAAGGAUAAACGUAGCAAAGAAUGGACCUGGAAGCAACAGACCGACAUGAUCAAAUGGCAGGGUACGCCACUGGACGGACCACUUCUGGCCAUCGAGAAUCCAGAACUUUGCCUUCUAGCUGUGGAAUGUUUCGAGUGCAUCUUGAGAUAUUGUGGCGAUAUGCCUCUAACUCCUGAAAUGACUGAAGUGAAAUGUGUCUACACUGUGCUAAUGCAUUGUCACAAGCAUGUCAUGCUCAGAGAUGAGGUGUUCUGCCAGCUGAUGAAGCAAACGACCAACAAUAAAUCGGAAUCGCCUGAAUCUUGUCAAAGAGCCUGGAGACUCCUGUCGAUUGUUGCAGCUUAUUUCGCUUGUUCAGAAGUCCUGCUACCCUUCCUGACAGAACAUCUGUCUUCGGCCGCCUCUGACAGAAGGAGAAUUUGUCAUGGUACAGCCGGAGUUUGUUUGUCGAAUCUCAGAAAGACCCAGAGAUGUGGAGGAAGGAAGAACGUACCCAGCGUUGAAGAAGUCACCGCAGUUAGUGCUGGAAGAAGCGCAAGACGACAAAUUUACAGAUUGCCAGGAGGUGCUGAAAGGGUGGUCAACACCAGGUGCAGCACAGUUGUGGCCGAUGUGAUCACCGAACUCUGCGACCUGAUUGGAAUAAACUCAGAAGCUGAGCAGCAAGAAUUCAGUCUGUAUUGUAUCGUGCAAGGUGAUGCCUUCACCAUGCCUUUGGCUGCUGAUGAGUAUAUAUUGGACGUCACCACUGAGCUGCACAAGGCUGCCCAACCUUUCUACUUAAUUUUCUGCAGAUCUGUUUGGUAUCAUCCGUUGAAACAUGAUACUAGUCCACUUUACACCGAAGUAUUGUUCAAUCAAGUGGCUCCAGAUUACCUUGAAGGUCUUCUGUUGAGGUUGGGAAGUCCAAACCUAACACCGAGUAUCGUCAGGGAUAUAGCACUGAUAGCAGCUCUUUUGCACAAAGCUGCCGAUUUGAACCAUUCACCUAGUCUCAAAGAAGUCAAAUUUUUGCUUCCAAAACCAGUUCUUGCUAUGAGGGAACCAAGACCUCCUCAAUGGCUUGCGUUGGUGCAAACAUCUUGGGGGCAAGCAGCCAAUUUACAAGUUUCUAGAGCCAAACACCGUGUGUUGCAGGUUCUCAGCAAUUGGCCACUGUUUGGUAGUUCAUUUUUCGCAGUCAAAAGGAUCACAGGUGAGAACGAAUGGAAGGAACAUAUUCUAGCUCUGAACAGAGGUGGAGUUCACUUCUUGGACAUGAUCAGCCAUGAAACCCUACAACAUUGGCCCUACGCAGAGGUUAUUUCGACUAGGAAAGUGAGAUCUGAAGAGGGUGAACUCUUUUUGGACAUGAAAUGUGGUAAUUUACUGCAACAGAGGGUGACAAGACUGCAUACUGAACAAGCUCACGAAAUUUCAAGAUUAGUCAGACAAUAUAUCAAUUUGGAACAGUCCAAUGCCCCAAGGAACUGAUAACUCAACAUAUCCAUCAAGAGACGCAUGGAUAUGAUUGAGUAAUCACGACUAAUGAUUUUAUUGAGUAUGAUUAUAUGUUGUAAAUAAUACAAUUUAAGAAAUCUUAGCUAUAUUUAUUUAUAUAGUGAAUCUGUAUAGACAUUAAUCCUAAAUAUAAUAAACGAAACCAUAUACAUAUAUAAAAUAAGAACACAUAAAUAAUAUUUCGAAAGUAUUGGUGCCCAAUUUUUUUCGUUAAUAUAAUUUUAUACAAUCUAUUUACAUUGUUUUCAAACUAACUCCAUUAUUUCAUUCAACCAAGAACAAAGAUUUUACAAAUGUCUGUCUGUAUCGUAUACAAUUCAUUAAUUAAUAAAGUAAUUAUUAUAUUAUUGUAAAAUUGUUGAAAAUAUAGGUGACUGUUAUUUCGAAAUAAAAUUUUGAGAACAACAUA